CCCGGUUGACGACGACGGAGAGAAGUUGACAACGGCCAAACAAAGAAAAGCAUGCAUCAAUCAGCAAACCCCUAAAAUCAAUGAUAGCCAUCCUAGAGACACUGAUUUGCAUGGCCAAUGGGGAGCCCUAGGCAACCUCUGCGUACGAGCCCGAAUGGUGCACAACGACAACCUUCGACUUCCGCCGCCUCGCGCGACGCCGCCUUUACCGGCGCCAACCUAGCCUUCAUCAAGUCCCUGCCACCACAUGAGGCUCUGAAGUAUCUCAACAAGCGAUCACCGCCGCCGCCGCCUCCUGCAUCCGUCAAGCAAGAACACAAUGCGCGACCAGCACGAAGUCCCAUCACCGGCCGCGACGGUCCCGCCAGCAGCCGAACCUCGCCGGAUCUCCUGAGACUGCCCAAGCGACCACCGCACAAGCCGAGCCCUUCGGCAUCCAGCUUGACAGCGACCAUCGCCGCCGCCCGCGCAGCCCCUGCCAUAAACAAUGCUACCGUCCGUCUACCGGCUCAAGCUCCAGCGCGCACCGUCAGGAAUGUUUCUCCUCCAAACGCUGCUCCGGGCCCCAAGAGGAAGUCGCCCGACAAGCUGGACCUGACACCCAUACCGCCGACUACCUCGCUGGUCGAGAUGUUCGAGCGCAAGGGCACACCACCACUGCCUCCCGCCAUCAAGUCUCCGAAACCUUUGCGCAAGACUGCUCUUCUACGCAACCAAACGCUGGAGCCCAUCACAACCCGACUAGAGCAGAAUCACUACGAGAGUUCGGGCGAUGAGGCCUAUGAGUCCGCGAGAGAUCACCUAUCACCAGACCAACCCUCCAAGCCGAGUCUGCCGCCAGCUCGUCGCUCCAUGCAGCGCGCCGACAGCAAGGUCCAGGAGCUUGUUGAACCUACAAUCCGUAUUGAACCGCCUUCACGCUCCAUCUCGGUCAGAAAGACAACCCGUUCACCACCACAGCCAUCGCCUUCUCCCGAUCCUUUGCACCUUUCGACGUCCACUUCUACCAAGCCCAUUCCUAUCGCUCGUAAUUAUAGUCCUAAUCACCUGACUCAACCUGGUCAUCCUUCAAUCACCGCCGCUUAUCACCAACUACAUCCUCGUCGUAUGACCCCUCUCAAAUCCGGUGACUCUCUCGCCAACGCCAUCGUCGCAUCAAGUCUCGCCUCCUCACGAGCAGCUUCGCCCACAAAACUCCCACCCUCUGUACCGUCUACAAGCCGGCGCACUUCCCAUUCCAGCUUUCUACACCGCACGCCAUCUCCCCCAAAGAAAGGAAUGCGCCACACGAUGCGGAAACCUUCUUCUGACUCUGACAGCGAAGAGGACGAGGACCCGUACUCAAAGCACAAAAAGAAACGAUUUGUACGGAAACAUCCAAACAAGCAUCACGAGGGUGAUCGCAAACGAUGGCGAGAUGCUGUCACACAAACGGAACGGAAACGCUACGAAGGUGUUUGGGCUGCUAAUAAAGGCAUUUGUGUCGAGUAUACUUCCGAGGAACUGGACCUUCUCACCACACAUCCCGAGUCCAAAGAGGCCGAGAAGAUCAGAGUCAGUGUUGGCGAUCAAGUCGCUGAUAUUGUGGCGAGGGACAUCUGGCUACGGAGUCGAUUGCCUGUGCAUGAGCUCGAACAAGUUUGGGACUUGGUCGACAAUCAACAACGUGGUCGUCUUUGCAGAGAUGAGUUUGUUGUCGGAUUAUGGUUGAUUGAUCAAAGACUCAAGGGCAGAAAAAUUCCUGUCAAGGUCACCGACAGUGUUUGGAAUAGUGUGAGGUUAUUGUCAGGCAUCAAGGUGAGGAAGGGCUGAGUCUUUCCUCCCUUUACGCUUCUGUAUAUACCUUGGUUUGGUGUUUUGGACGGACGGAUAUUGGUUUUUGAUCAUCUUUGACUAGCGAAAGCGCAGAUACCCUGAUGUCGUUUAUUGUAUUCUGUUCAUCACUCAUUCAUCCUUCGUUUCUUCGUCUAGCGUCUAUAGUUCGCUCUACUCAGCGACCUCGCCGAGAUCGGCAAAGGCCAAACUCCGGCUUCCCGGCUAAACUUGUCCGACAGGGUGAUACCAUUUACAAGCAAUUGAAAGAACGAAAGGUUUAUAAUACCUUCACCA